AUGUUGUUCCUAGAUCUUUAUUUUGUUGCAGUACUCUUCCUGAUAGCAACUGUAUGGGCCAAAACCAUUACUGAAGAUACCAUCGAUAGAGGAGCCGUUGCUAUAGAUGCAGACGAAACGAUCAUCGUGGAUGGUGUUUACUGGUCUCUUGUUGAUAAUGACUAUACUAAUUUUGCAGGUAAUGUAGACGUAGGUGAAGGUUCUGGCUUCUACAUCUCCAACACAUCGCCUUCAAGCAUGUACGUUGCCAUACUUUCUGGCCUGUUCGUCAACGAUGGGAUUACGUCUUGGAAUGCUAUUGAAGCGAUAAAUGCUCCAACCUUUAACAUAGAUGGCUUUAAUUUCAUCAACAAUGGUGAAGUGUACAUGUCAGCCGACGGUUCUACUGGCAACCCUUCUAUGGGAAUUACAACUACAAAUUUUGAUAACAAUGGUUUGUUGGUCUUCUACCAAAAUUAUAGAACUGGCAAUUCAGUUGAAUUAGGUGAUGAUCUUCUUACAAUUAACAACAAUGGCCAGAUUUGUUUGCACAACAAACUUUACGCACAAAGAACUUCUAUUGCUGGUACUGGUUGUAUCUCCGCCGUGGACGAUUCCAGUAUAUUCAUCCAAUAUUCGGCAUUGGAUAUUGAUACUAACCAAGUUUUCCAUUUGCAAGACUCUAAUUCUAACCUACGCGCUGCAGCCGCUAUAACACCAAAAACUUACACUGUCGCAGGCUUUGGUAAUGGAAACAAGAUUGGAUUGGACUUUGCUCUUCAGACUCUUAAUCCUUGGACAUAUGAUCCUGUUAGUGGCAUAUUAACUCUUCGAUCAACAUUAUUAUCUCAAAGAUUUAAUAUUGGGACAGGAUACGACCCAGCAUUGUUCUCAAUUACAACCGAGUCUGGUUUAGGUUUGUCAACUGUCACACGAGGUGCACUCACCUAUUCAGGACCCCCUCCAAACGCAAUUCCAGAAGUCUGCCAGCCAUGUCCAGUACCUCCUGAAGCUCCAGGAAUGGAUCCAAUAGAGUACACUACAACAAUCGUGACGACGAACCCUGAUGGAUCAAUUUGUACUGAAGUUGCCGAUGUUCUAGUUAGCACCGAUGCUGACCAUAUAUGGUACACUACCACAAAUAGUGUUCAGACAGACUGUUUAGCGGCUACUAUUUACACUACAACGUUCACCACU